GUGGCAAGCUGGAGGGAGGGACACAUCCCGUGUUCCAUCCACUCCCUCCCUUCUCAGCAGUCCUCGCCUGUUCUCACGUGCUUACAGGCAGUUAGGCAGAAGUGAUCCCCGUGGCUCUGCCAAAGACAAGACUGUUGGGUUGAAAGAAGAAGAAGAAGAAGAAGAAAAAAAAAACUCAGGCAAAGUUACAGCCUUAAAAUUGUUCACUGGAAGAAGCGUGAGUGGAGAAGUGUGAGAAGAUGAAUGGACCAGUGGAUGGCUUGUGUGACCACUCUCUAAGUGAAGAAGGAGCCUUCAUGUUCACAUCGGAGUCUGUGGGAGAGGGACACCCGGAUAAGAUCUGUGACCAGAUCAGUGACGCAGUGCUGGAUGCCCAUCUCAAGCAAGACCCCAAUGCCAAGGUGGCCUGUGAGACGGUGUGCAAGACCGGCAUGGUGCUGCUGUGUGGCGAGAUCACCUCAAUGGCCAUGGUGGACUACCAGCGGGUGGUGAGGGACACUAUCAAGCACAUCGGCUACGAUGACUCAGCCAAGGGCUUUGACUUCAAGACUUGCAACGUGCUGGUGGCUUUGGAGCAGCAAUCCCCGGAUAUCGCCCAGUGCGUCCAUCUGGACAGAAACGAGGAGGAUGUGGGGGCAGGAGAUCAGGGUUUGAUGUUCGGCUAUGCCACCGACGAGACAGAGGAGUGCAUGCCCCUCACCAUCAUCCUUGCUCACAAGCUCAACGCCCGGAUGGCGGACCUCAGGCGCUCCGGCCUCCUCCCCUGGCUGCGGCCUGACUCUAAGACUCAGGUGACAGUUCAGUACAUGCAGGACAAUGGCGCAGUCAUCCCCGUGCGCAUCCACACCAUCGUCAUCUCUGUGCAGCACAACGAAGACAUCACGCUGGAGGAGAUGCGCAGGGCCCUGAAGGAGCAAGUCAUCAGGGCCGUGGUGCCGGCCAAGUACCUGGAUGAAGACACCGUCUACCACCUGCAGCCCAGUGGGCGGUUUGUCAUCGGAGGUCCCCAGGGGGAUGCGGGUGUCACUGGCCGUAAGAUUAUUGUGGACACCUAUGGCGGCUGGGGGGCUCAUGGUGGUGGGGCCUUCUCUGGGAAGGACUACACCAAGGUGGACCGCUCAGCCGCAUACGCUGCCCGCUGGGUGGCCAAGUCUCUGGUGAAAGCAGGGCUCUGCCGGAGAGUGCUUGUCCAGGUUUCCUAUGCCAUUGGUGUGGCCGACCCGCUGUCCAUUUCCAUCUUCACCUACGGAACCUCUCAGAAGACAGAGCGAGAGCUGCUGGAUGUGGUGCAUAAGAACUUCGACCUCCGGCCGGGCGUCAUUGUCAGGGAUUUGGACUUGAAGAAGCCCAUCUACCAGAAGACAGCAUGCUACGGCCAUUUUGGAAGAAGCGAGUUCCCAUGGGAGGUUCCCAGGAAGCUUGUGUUUUAGAGCCAGGGGGAGCUGGGCCUGGUCUCACCCUGGAGGCGCCUGGUGGCCCCAGACGCCUGGCUGCUGAUUGCCUUCCCCACCCACCAACCCUCGGGGCAAAGCCAGGUCCCUCUCAUUUAGCCUGUCCUGUCAUCAUCAUGGCCGGCUGGAGGCAGGGGCUUCCUGGUGCUGGAGGUUGAUCUUGAUGUGAGGAUGGGCAUGGUGUUCUCCUGCUGCUCCCUCAGACUGGGGCAUGUUAAUUUAGUGGAAAAGGCACCCCUGUCAAGAGUGAAUUCCCUCACUCGCCUCCCCCAACAGCUGGACCCUGACCAGCUCCCCCUCCCUCCCCUUGUCUAUGCCAGGUGAAGUCAGCACAUCUCACAGGCCUCAGGGCUCCUUGUGGGCCUGGGCUCCUGGGCCCCCCUUUCACAGGCAGCCAGUGCCCUGAGCCAGGGUCUCCAGAAAGCCCCACCCAGGCCAGGCAUGUGGCAGGGGUUAGAGCAAGACUGCUGUCUCCUAAGCACCUGUAAUGUGCGAAGGACCCAGCUAAUGACUGAUCUCAUUUUUCUUCACUGCAACAUGAUGAGGUAGUACCUUUUAUAUCCCAUUUACAGAUGGGGGAAAGCAAAGCACAGAGAGUCUGGAUAACUUCCACAUGAUCCCACAGCCACGUGUUUAGGCCUAGAUGUAUAACUAGGAGCUUUGACUCAGGAGCCUGUGACAUACUCCCCUCUCCCACCAUUGUUUCAUGCCAGUAACAGGCUCAAACAAUGACAAAGCAGAUUCAGAAAUGAGGCCAUGGACUCUGUCCUGAAGGCCUGAGGUUACUGGAAAUUAGGGGAUUAACCCACUAGCUCUUGUUGAGCCCUGGGCAAUUGUCUGAAAAGUGAAGAUGGAACCACAGGGCUAUUUUGUUUGCCUCAUGUGUCCCAGAAGAUGACUGAAGGUGAGCUGGCUACCUGACCCAUCAGGGUAGGCUGGAGUUUUGGACUGACCAGCAGCUUUAGAAUCCCAGCCCCUUGACCACUCAGAGACAUGCAGAGAUUGGGUUUUUGGACUUCUGGGGUACGUGGUCUAAGUCCAGUCCAGUCCUAUCUGGGCUUCCUGGAGCAGAAGCAGUAACUUGUCCUAGCACAAAUGGCCAGCCCCUUAGACAGAGGCCCUCAAGUCUUUCUCUUUCCCUGGUCCCUUGUAUCCCCUGCAGGCUGAGUGCAUUUGGAGGGAGUGAGUGGGCCCUUCGGAUGCCCCAUCCAGGGAGGCUGGUCCUAAGACGUCAUGUUAAAUAGGUGGGGCUUGCCUUCUGGUGUUGGACAAGCUCCUGAGAUGUCAUGAGGAGAUUCUGCCUUUGCCAGGUGACUCUCUGGGGAGCAGGUCUGCUCCCAAGGGGCCUGAGCAGUCCUUGGCCCGCUAGAGUCUUGGAACUUGCCUGCCUUUCCAUCCAUGGCCAGCAGCACCUGCCCUACCUGCCCCACUUGUCCUUAGCCUGGAUCUCUGACAGCAGCAUCUCUACCUUCUCCCCAGCUCCCAGGACCACAGGCUCAGGCAGGGGCCUCCAUGGGCCCCAGGGGAACAUUGGAGACUCGGCCUCUCUCUAGGGUACAUGGUGCUGGUUCAGGCUGGGAGAGGCAGCCCAGGAAGUCUCAUCUGGGGAGCAGGCAGCCUGCUUCUGGGCCUUGGCCUGGAGCACAAAGACCCUGGCUUUCAUUUUCUCUCAGAUGAAAGGAAAUUAAGGCAACAAAAGAAGCCCGGCUCCUUGUCACCUAGGAAGCCUCAAAUUCCUUCCUGUGGAGGGAGGGAGAGGUUUGCCGGUGGCCGAGUUCCUCUAACUUGGAUCAUACUCGACAUGAAAAUUCAGAAUUUUAUACUUUCCCUACCCUCUAGAGAAAUAAGAUAUUUUUUGUCAAUUUGUUUGUAUGAAACUAAAGCCUUUAUUUGUUAACAUUUCCUGCUAAAACAGUGAAUAAAAACUCAAGGAGCAACUA